UUUAAUUUGAGAAGAAGGAAGAUACAGCAACAGAUGUGUAGCUGACCGAGAGGAGGGGGAGAGCAAGAGAUUAAGCUGAGUACUGGUUUAGUAAUUCGACUACGCUUUGGCUUAACGGGGGUGGAGAGGGGGUAGUGUUGUGCAUUGCAGGCAAAAAAGGAAAAUAUUGAAAGGUGGUUAGGUGAAUGUUCAAGGGAGAGAAAGGGAAAGGUUGUGCAACAGUUGUCUGCUCUCAGCGCGGAGGUAUUCUCACAUCGUUCGCAAAAAUAAAAAUAUUAGCCUGUGGCUACAAUAAGAUUGGCCAGAAUGGAAGUCAGAGGGCGGCGAGCGGCCGAGCCAUCUGAGCCUGAGCCAGAGUCAGCCCCUGCCCAGGAACCACCACCCCUAGCCCCUGCUCCGCCUGCUCACCACCCCAGCCACAACUUCAACAACAUGAAGACAAAGUUUAUGAAUGAGCUGGGUAGACUGCCAAACCAUCGUCACAGACUUCCUAUGUGGGCAGUGGGAGCCAUUGUGGUGGUGGUCCUGGCGUUAGUAGGCUGCUUUGUCUUCUGUGUUGUGAAAAAAUGCUUCGGCAAGAAGAAGAAAGCAAAGAAAGUGAGGGAGAGGAAGGCUGGCCGCAGAAGGAAGGGAGGUGCAGAGGGUGAAGGCGAAGGUGCAGAGAAGGAAGAAGGAGAUAAGCAAGAGGGUGCUGGGGAGGAGAAGGAGCGGGAGAACUUGGGGAAGUUGGAAUUCACUCUGGACUACAACUUCACUGAUGCUCAGCUGAUAGUGGGAAUCCUCCAAGCCCAGGACCUAGCUGCUAUGGACAUGGGAGGAACAUCUGACCCCUAUGUUAAAGUAUACCUGCUCCCUGACAAAAAGAAGAAGUUUGAAACCAAGAUCCAACGCAAGAAUCUGUGUCCAGUGUUCAACGAAACCUUUAUAUUUAAGAUUCCUUAUGCAGAGCUGGGUGGGAAGACUCUGGUAUUGCAGGUGUUUGACUUUGACCGUUUCUCCAAGCAUGAUGUCAUUGGUGAGAUUAAGAUUCCCAUGAACAGUGUGGACUUGGGCCAACCCUUACAUGAAUGGAGGGAUCUUGAGAAUGGAGAAAAAGAGGAGCAAGAGAAGUUGGGUGACGUCUGCAUCUCUCUGCGUUAUGUCCCUACGGCUGGCAAACUCACAGUCAACAUCAUGGAGGCCAAGAACCUCAAAAAGAUGGAUGUUGGUGGCUUAUCAGAUCCUUUUGUUAAGAUUGUGCUGCAACACAAUGGGAAGCGACUAAAGAAGAAGAAGACGACAGUCAAGAAAAACACACUCAAUCCCUACUUCAACGAGAGCUUCAGCUUUGAGAUUCCAUUUGAACAGAUACAGAAAGUGCAGGUUGUGAUAACAGUGUAUGACUACGACAAGCUGGGGAGCAAUGAUCCCAUUGGCAAACUCUUCAUUGGCUACGGGGCCACAGGAGUGGGGCUUCGCCAUUGGUCAGACAUGCUGGCCAAUCCAAGGCGCCCUGUUGCUCAAUGGCACACUUUACAACCUGAAGAGGAAGUGGAUGCUGCCCUCAAAGGACCCCAUCGCUAACCUACUUUUUAUUCAGUUCUUGGUUGUGAUUUGAUUGGUGUUGCGUUGUAAAAUUGGUCUGAAUUAUUUCGUCUUCCUUUAAAAAAAAUAUUUAAUUGGUUUCUUUUGUAUGUUUUUUUGUUUCUGGUGAGUUUUUAUGGUACUGUAUUUGUAUUUUUGUGUCACUUUUGUUAUUUUGUUACAUUCCCUUACUUUGUCCUCAGUGAUAACUUCUGUGUGUGUGAAUGUAGUGUGUGAAUGUAUUCUCUGCACCUAUUUGAUUGUAUGUGUGUGUGUGUGUGUUUGGUUCUCUGUAUAUUGUAAGGGUAAUCUUCCCAAAUAGAUGGGACACGUUCAGUAAAAACUUUUUCUUGAAUGCUUUCUUUGUGAAACUUUUGGGGAGGAAAAACUGUUCUCAAAUAAAAGAUAAGUGGCAAACA